GGUACGGAAUAUGACAUCACCUCGAUAACAAUAACAAGGAUAUAAGCGGCCGACACGAGGUGUCUGAACUUAGUCCCAUUUUCAACUGAGCUCGGCGCAACAUCGUCAACCGGUUAACACCACUCCCUUACAGCCAUGAAGGUCCUAAUUGUUUUCGGGCUCUGCCUACUCGUCGCAGUCAACGCGGCACCAGCGACCAAAGCUAACAAGCACGACUCCAUUGCCGAAGCAUCUGACGCGACAGAGGCCGUCGCACCUGAAGCACCAGCUAGCCCAGAAUCCGAGAACACCGAUGACUUCAAGGAGCCCGAGGCAAAGGAAGAGACCCCUGCUGCCGCCCCUAAGGCCGAGGAUACACCUGCUCUCGAGACUUCUGGUGAGAGCAAGUUGCCCGACACACCCGUUGAGGACGAGGAAAGCGAAGAUGAUGACGAUAGCUUCGAUGAUGGUGAUGAUGAGGAGGACGAGGAUGAUGAAGAUGAUGAGGAGGAUAGCGAUGAUGGCGAUGAUGAGGAUGACGAGAAAGAGAGCGGUGAUGGUGAUGCAGGAAAUGCCAAGGAUGAGGCCUCCGGAGAAAGCGACGAUGCUAAGCCAAAGACGAAAGAUGCUGAGAAGAAAGAUGAUAAGAAGAAGGUGGACGAAAAGAAAGAGGAUGAGAAGAAAGAUGAUGACAAGAAGGUAAAGGAGAAAAAAGAGGAUGACAAGAAGAACGACUCCAGUGCCAGCGGUGAGAGCGAAGACAGCGACGACGGAGAUGAUGAGGAUGAUGAAGAAGACGAGGAAGAUGAAAAGGAUGAGAGUGACGAGGCUGAUAGCGAUGAUGGCAGCGAGAAGGAAGAUGAUGAUGCCGAUGAGGAAUAAAUAAAUUCUGCUUCGAAUACCAUCAAAUGCUACUGAUAACUCUCAGAGACACUCUUGCAUGCUUAUCAUGUUAUAAUAUACAACCUACUGAUCACGAAUUGCCAGCAAUUUAAUGCCAGAAAUACCCGUUUUUUGAAAACGGCAAAUAAAAUAUAUCUAAAAAUG